CAGGGGUGAACCAUGGGCUUGUGCGGGGCGAAGCGGGUUUUGCUUUCAGAGUCCACCAAGGAGACGUUGACAGAGUUUUUCGCCGAGAUAGACAAAAAUGGUGACAAGGUUGUCUCCAAAGAAGAGGCGAUGAAGUUCUGGGGCGCCAGAUUCGCCAAGGUGAACAUGCAGAAUUUCUUUGCUGAGGUGGACGAGGACAGAAACGAUGCGAUCACCGAGGAGGAGUUCCUCGCGUUUUGGCAGCAGGUGCUCGACCAGGGGUACGAGGAGUCCGAGAUCCUCGAGGAGCUGGAGAACAUGAGGCAGGGCGACGCCUGGAAGAAGUGGGUCAAGGACAACAAGAAGACCGCGGAGGUGGAGUUUUUUGAGGUGCGUAAUUCGCAAAGUUCCGCCGAGGACGGCACAGUGAGACUUUCCAGGCGCGACUCCAAGUCGUGACAGCAGGUCGCCUGGGAUCUCUAGGAUGGUCCGGCACGCCCCGCGAAGCGCCGAAGCGAGCCCACGGGCGAGCGGACGCAGGCGAAGAGGGGACGGAGAAGGGCGUAGGAGUAUUCGUAACUGAGGCCGAGACACCCAUGUGUUUCGCUCAACUCGCCGCCGACAGUGGCGAGCACAUCGCAUUUCAUAAAUUGCCAAGCGCGCUCAGGCUGCCAGCGGCGUGUCUGGCAUUGUUGCAGCGCGCUCGCUUAGCGAGCUCGUCUCUGUUUUUCAACGGCUGCACCGCAUCGUGGCCGCGCCAGCUAUCCGCGUCCUGGCUGGGCCGGUCCUGGGCCCAGAAUCGCACACCGUGCAACCAUGCGGCGCCGAAGAGCGGCCUGGAAGGGCUGGUAGUUGGCGUCGUAAUACAGCGGGGUUCAUAAGGGUGCAGCUCGCCCAGUGAGGUCCUUCCCCGCAUGCCCGACCUUUGCACCCACGAGGAAGGCCGCGGGCGACGAUCGUUAUCACCGCGGCCCUCCUCGUCGGUCCGUUCUCUCAUGCUCGCGCGCGCGCAAGCCCCUGCGCGCGCCGCGGCGCGGCCGCUGUUGCCGGGGGGGCCGACCUCCGGUGUUGCGGUGAGUCCCCUGUCGCCAGGGGCCGUCCUCUGUUGCAGGUGCUGCCCGAGUCUCAGCCGACUUAGCCCGGCCGAGUGGAGCUCCAGCAGGCCGAGCUAAGACGGCCCAUUCGAUCGGCAGCAGAUCGGCACUGCUGAGGUGAUCUGGUCGGGACAUCAGGAUCGCCUCGUCUUGAAAGUCUUGUGCUGACAGCCGUACAUGUGUGUGUGCGCGUGUUUCGCCAGCUCGUCGGCGGGGCCCCGCGGGAGGGAGCGAAGCGUUGCCCUCCCUCGCUGGCUCUCUCGGAGAGGGGGAUUGCCCUUUUCUCGCUGGCGGUUGCUGCCGUCCAUUGAGAGAGGUCGCCUGCACAGCCGCACCGAUCCAGGCCAGGGUGUGCGGCGUGUGCGGUGGGCACCUCUCUUGGUAGUCCAGGCUCUGCGGUCGUGGUCUCCUGUGACCCGUGAGCGGCCAUGCUAGAGCAAGGCAGCCGGGCCUCUGUGGUUCCCCUAUCUCCUAAGAUGGGGCUCUUGUUUCCGAAUUCGGCGCCUCCUGUUCCUUCUUCUUCUCCUCCUCUCCUUUCCUCCCCUCUGGCCCUUUCCACUCUACCAGUGACACCAGUACCACUGGCCUCCAUAGGGAGGCCUCGUCUGACCGCGGCCACGAUUCGCAAACCUGUGCCCUGUCCACUCCACCAGUGCCGCUAGCACCUUUUGCUUGGGAAAGGGUUCGUGGUUCGUGGUAGGCAGCAUGCGUUCCUCACCGCCCUGGCAGAGGUAUGUACGGCGCGGCGAGCGGCAAGAUGCUUUCGACGAGCGGUGCUAGGAGGGGAACGGAUCCCUGCGCCGUCGGGUUCCUUCCUGCUCCCUCCUCCCCGCCUUCCUCCCCUCCCUCCUCUCUGUCGUCCGUGCGCUGGUUCGACGUUUGGCAUCAAGAUGUGCGCCUUCGGUGCGUCGCGCCCAGCCUUUCCCCCUGGUGGUGCCCCUCCAGAGCCUCUUUGACGUCUGCUGCUUCCCACUCCUCUCCGCCUUCUUUGGUUGCGCAAUCUAGUAGAAUCCUCGCCGCUCCAUUCGAGAGCGCGAGUGGUAUCACCGCACUGUGUUUACACAGUGCUGCGAAUUGGCAUUUUGACGCUAGGCUUUCGAGGUGCAUUUCUACAGUAACGCUA